UAAGGUUGUCGCUCUGCGCCAAUGUGACAUUUUACAAAAACUCAAUUUUUGGCGGAUAAUUUCCCCACAAACACAAACCCUCUGUUUACAUCCACGGUAAGUGGUUAAUUUUACAAUAAUUCGCAAUAAAUAAGGGCUUUCGACGUGUACAAUCGCCUUUUAAGUGACAUAACCUGUAAAUAUAACUUAUGGCGAAAAGAACCGCAACCACCGAGUUAAAUCACGAUAAUUGGGAGCGCGAGGAUGAACCUGAAGAGGCAGGGACGUUUCAGAGGGCCACAGAGGACACCCUUAAAAAGAGGGUUAUUAAAUCUGCUAGAAGAAGAAACCCAGCUUCAACAUUAAUGAAUAGUGGAGAUGCGGCAAAUAAAGGCGCGUUUGCAAGUUUUCAGGGCUUUGGCAAAGCUGCCACUCCGGCAGCACCAAAUUUUAAUUUUUUGUCAAACUUGUCCAACCCCCCUAAAACUAACGGAACAACAACUCCAGAUAAAAAAGACGGCACUGCACCCAAACUAAUCUUUGGCAAUACAAAUACAAACAAUACUAUUGAGAAAAAAACAGAAAAAUCCCAGGACUACUGGGCUAGAUUAAAGGGCUUAAAUGAAUCUGUAUCAAAAUGGAUUGACAAGUGGGUGAAAGAAGAUCCACUGUGCAAUUUACAGCCCGUUUUUGAUGAUUACAAGAAGUACUUUGAUGAGUUGGAGCAGGACCGUCCGAAAGAAUCCACGGAAAGUAAAAGUGUGGAAAAUAAAAAUGGUUCAAAAUUGACUGAGUCAGCUUCAGCUACAUUUUCUUUUGGUAGUGCUGCAGCUACUGUUGCUUCUUCAGUUAGUUUGGCAGCUGCAACUACUACCACAAGUACCACAGGGUUAUCUUUUGGAAAUACUAGUAAACCAAUGUUUUCUUUUGGGAGUGCAAAUAAUGCACCAACAACUACUGGCAGCGGUACUGAAAAUGUCUCAUUCGCCAGUACCGUAUCGGCAAACUCCUUCAGUUUUGGCAGUGGAACUUUUUCAGCCCCUGUUGAAACCAAAAAGUCAAACACGGAAGAAAACAAAAAUGGCGGCGAAGAUGACGAAGACGAACCACCGAAAGUGGAGUACAACCCUGUAAUGGAAAAUGACCAUGUAUACACAGUGAAAUGCAAAUUGUUCGUUAAAAAGGACGGAAAAUUCGGCGGGGGUAGCGUAGGAAACUUAUUUUUAAAGAACGUAAAAGACAGCGAAAAAGUACAGUUGAUAGUGAGAGCCGACACAAAUCUGGGAAACGUUUUGUGUAACCUCAUUUUAUCCGAGAGCAUUCCCACGCAACGAUUGGGGAACAAAGAUGUUAUGUUGGUAUGCCUGCCUCUGCCGGACAGCAAACCACCCCCCACCCCAAUUCUGCUCAGGGUUAAAAGCGCAGACGAAGCCGAUAAACUUUUAGAGUUUGCGAAAGAAAUGUGCGGAAAAGUUGUUGUGUGUGUGUUUCUUUGCUUAAUUUUCCUUAAUAAUGUUUUUGGGAACAUUAUUAUCGACCAAAUUAAGCAAAAAGCUGAGUAUAUCAUCGACUCAGCCGCUGGGAAAAAUGAAUGUACAUAUCAUUUAAAAUUGCUCAUCAAAGAUAUCAUUUUCAGAAAACCAUGGGCCUUAGAAAUGCUAGAUGCAAGCGCAAAAAUCCAGCCAGGCCUCUUGGCUGGAAACCUAUACCAAUUCGGAAACUUCGACCAAUGUCUUGCAGUGUAUGAAAAAACGAACAAAACUGUAAUUCAAGGUCAAUACUGUACUGUAUUGGUGGUACCAAGUUCGAAAUUUAAAGGGGAACUGAGCUUUUUAUUUGAACCCCAAAUGAUAGCUGAUUUCAAGAAGAUUACAUUGAGUACCCAUGCCUUGGAUAUUUUAAGGGUUUUAAAGAUGAUUUAUGGAAUUUGUAUUCCAAAAUCUUGUAAUAUAAGUACAUUACAGGAUAUUUGGGAUUAUAUUGAACACAUGUUCGGCAUGACAUUUCAUAUGGAUUUUUAUGAUUUCACUUGCCGAUAUACGGGAAAACCUUUGGACCCUUUGUAUUAUGACAAAUACGUUUAUAUGUUCUUUGGAGCAGUAGCCUUAUUGGUCCUGAUGAGUACUCUCUAUGAUGUACUGAUUCAUCAAAAGGGAAAAGUGGAAAAAAUUGAUGAGAAUACAAAGGAAAUAACCAUAAAAGAACCUAAAGACAACUAUAAAAUGUGUUUCUCUGUGUACUCCAAUUGGAAGAAGCUAUUCCUGAACAAGGGUUUCGAAGACUCAUCAUCCAUGACUUGUAUUUACGGAAUGAAAGUCCUAUCUAUGUUCUGGAUUAUACACGGGCACCGAUUCGCCAGCACCGUCUUCGCUGGCAGUGUUAACGGCUUCGAUUUGUACGAGUGGCGGACAAAAUUCUACAACCUCUACAUCAUGGGAGCCUCGUUUUCGGUCGACACCUUCUUGACUCUCAGCGGGAUGUUGCUCAUCAGCAGUUUCCUGAAGUUUCAGCUGUAUAACCCGCAAAUCAAGUUCAGCUUCAAGGGAUUUUAUUUUUAUAGGUUCUUAAGGUUAGGUCCUGGACUCCUAGCGACGAUAUUAUUCUAUAUAAGCGUUCUAAAACUCUUAUCCGACGGGCCCAUAUGGCCUAUAGUUAUGAAGAAGAUCACUUUCAGCUGCCAGAACACCUGGUGGGCCACUUUGUUCUUUGCCACGAAUUUUGUGGAUAUGAACUAUCAGUGUGUUGAGCAAUCUUGGUACUUGGCUGUGGACUCACAGUUGUACUUUAUAUCGCCUAUAAUACUUUUGAACAUAUCAAAAUACCCGAAAAAGGUUUUUGCUGGGAUGUUGGUGACUCUAAUAGCUUCAUCCGCAUAUGCUUAUUAUAUCACCAUUACGUACAAUUUAGGAGCUGUAUAUAUGAACGGAAAUAAAGACUACCAUCAAUACAUUUAUCAACCGACUCAUAUAAGAAUAGCCGCGUGGUUGAUUGGUUUAGCCUUUGGCUACCUAAUUUUUUACUACAAAUCAUUUAAACUAUCCAAAAAGUUGCAAGUACUUUCGUGGUCAAUAUGUAUUGGAACUGUAGCAUUUAUUCAAUACAUCCAUAUAUUUUUCACCUACGAGUAUGAUCCAUAUAUAUCAGCCCUGUUUAACGCCUUCACUAGACCCAUGUGGGCUUUUGCAAUAUCUUCCAUGGUAUAUCUAUGCAUUAGCGGAAAUGGAGGUGUUAUAAAUGAGUUUCUUUCAUGCCACUUUUUUAAAAUCAUAUCCAGGUUAACCUAUAGCAUGUACUUGACCCAUUUGGGCGUAUUAGCAUAUAUGAUUGCUCCCAGGAGACAUUCCGAACAUUUCAGCACAUUCAAAUGCUGGCACGACUUUUUUGGUGACAUGGUUUUGAUUUUGAGCGUUUCACUGGUGAUGUGCUUAACUUUUGAGUACCCGAUGAUCAGAAUUGGAGGUUUGAUGUUUAGAGCAGCCCCCAAAGCUCAAACUGUAGGUACCAAUACAACUCCAAACGAAAAAGUGCAAUACGUUGUGAGUGUGAUACCACUGGAAAGCUUGAAGAAAAAAAAGAAACUUAAGAGUACAUGAUAUCUUUAAAUAAAGUAUUAUGUAUAAAUUUAAAC